CGCUUGAUUCCAUUUCAAUCCUCGCCACGUUUUCUCCUCAUUCUCUCACCAUCAUUAGGGUUUUCCGAAAAAUCACGAGUUCUUGUCUCAUUAAUUAAACUUAUCUCUAUACUCCAAUUUUUGUAAUAUUUUUCGAGAAAGCAAGAUGGCAGAUGGUAAGGCGGAGGCUUUUCAUGCAAAAGAAGCUAUCUCAAAGAAAAUCUGGAGCCGAGAUUAUACUGGUGCGAGGACACUUCUAGAGGAUCAGAGGAUUUCCUCCUUGCUUGAGCAUGCUUCAGAAAUGCUUAUUGUAUGUGAAAUUCUAUGCUCGACGGAGAUGGAGCUCCCAAAUUGUGGGAUUGACUGGUACAGGGUCCUGCGUCUCUCCCCUUUGACCGAGGCUAUUGCCAUAGAAGCAGAGUAUCAGAAACUUGUCUCCCUUUUACAGCCCAUCAAGAAUGAGUUCCCAGGCACCAGGUUGGCCCUUAGUUUUGUGGAGGAUGCAUUCUCUGUGCUUUCAGAUCCUGUAAAACGGGCGGCCUUUGAUUCAAAGAGGAAUGGUAUAGGGAAUAACUUUUACGAUAUGGAUUUUAAUGUUCGGUGCAGUGAUGGUCUGAAGUCAGGAAAUGAAACAGCCAUCGAUGUUGCAAGAUGUUGUUCAGAUAAACCUGGUUCUUCUAGGACUAAGAGGACAGCUUAUGAUGCUCGUGUUGGAAUUGGCAGUGUGAGCCCUGUGGCAGAAGAUUAUGCUGGUGAGAAACAGAAGAAGAUCUGUGCUGAGGAGCCCAGUUGCGUUGCUGCUAAGAUGAGGUCUGAGGAGGGAAAUGAUCUUCACUCAAAGUUGGAAGAAGGAAGCCGCUCUUCUUCUCCGCGUCUGGUGGCAAGAAAGAGAUAUCAUUCUGACUUUUAUGACUUCGAGAACAACCGGAAGGCUGAGCUUUUCUCCACAGGCCAGGUCUGGGUAGCAUAUGAUCAAGAGAAUAUGCCUCGUAGGUAUGGUCAGAUUGAUAAGGUCAUUCCUGACAAGUCUCAGCUGCAUGUCAAAUGGUUCAGACCUUGUCCACAGACCUUGCAAGAGAAAAGGUGGUGUGAUGCUGGCUUCCCUGUUGCUUGUGGAUCAUUCACUCUGGAGUUGACCAAAAUCACAGUUAGUCAGCCUAUGAUGUUCUCUCAUCUGCUAUCAAAUGGCAUAGAAAAGCAAUCAAUUGAAGUUCACCCUCGGAAGGGUGAGAUUUGGGCUGUAUAUAGAGAUUGGGAUAUGGAAUGGUGCUCGAACCCAGGGAGUAGGCAACAAUGUGGCUUUGGAAUGGUAGAAAUUCUUACUGAUUUUUUGAAGGAUACAGGUGUCAAGGUUGCUUGCUUGGUGAAGGUUGAUGGACACAAAAGUGUUUUUCAAAGAUACUCUAAGAGGAAAAUGAGUUAUCCUUCCAGAUUCCUGUCAACAAGCUGUUCAUGUUCUCUCACAAUGUCCCUGCAUUUAGUUUUGUGGGUGGAGAAAUUGAUGGAAUUGCAAACGGUAUGUUGGAGCUAGACCUUGGCUGUGCCAGAUGAUCUGGGCGAAGAUUUUUCACGUGGCAUGGUUGAUUUUGCAGAUUUAUGCCACAGGUCAUCCACAUGCAGUGAUGAAGCCAGUUUUACUCAACUUUCAAAUACUUAUAUGAAUGCUGUAGAUUCUGGUGGCUCAAGUGUCAGGAUCCAAAACCAUAAACCCAAGUUGUCAUCUAAGGAUUUUGUCCCAGAACAGAUAUGGGCCAUAUAUGAUGGUCCAGAUGCCAUGCCUCGAAUAUAUGUUAGAAUAAAUGAUGUAAUUUCACCAACUGCAAUGCGUGUGACAUACUUAGAACCUCACCCAGUACGAGAUGAAGAAAUACAGUGGGUGGAAGAAAGUCUGCCGAUGGCCUGUGGAAUAUUUCGUGCUGGUAGGGCAACAGCUGACCUAGAAAUGUCUAGGUUCUCUCACCUUGUUAAGUGUGACAGGAGCACAAAGAAGUCUUUCUAUAGAAUUUACCCUCGGAAAGGUGAAAUUUGGGCUAUGUACAAAAAUUGGAACAGCAACUGGAAAAAUUCUGAUCAUAUUAGGAGUCCAUGUCGCGUGGUUGAGAUCCUCUCGGACUUCUCAGAGGAGGCCGGCAUUAACAUAUGCGGCUUGGUUGAGGUGAAGGGGUGCUUGACCUUUUUCCAGAGGCAGCUAUACGAGGGGUUCCAGUUGACUAGGCAGCUUUCGGGACCGGAAUUGCUCAGCUUUUCACAUAGAAUCCCUGCUUUCACGGUGGUCGGAAUCAGAGGCAGAGAUAUCCCUGAAGGGUCAUGGCAUCUUGAACCAGAUGCACUGCCACCAAAGUUUAUCAAUUGAGGAGGACAUCAAGGAAUGACUGUGCCCAGGAGUUGGGUUGAUUAUAACAUUUUAUUAACCUAGAGUAAAUGGGUUAAAUUCUAUUCCAAAGUUAAGUGGGGUAAAUGGGUUUGGAAGGCAAAAUGUUGUGCAUCAACUUUUCAAAAAUACCUGUUUCGCCCUUCUGAAAAAUGGGCUUAAUCGAAGUGCUCCAGUGAGUGUAGUUGAAAAAGGGUGGAAUAACUGGGUUAAAUGACAUUUACUCCCUAUGCUGCUUCCAAAUGU